AUGUCUCAAAAUUUUUACAAGAUUAUACGCAAACCCUUCAAUGGGAGCAGAAUUAGAGCUUUACUCAACCAUCACAAUCCAAUACAACCCAUAAUUCCUCAUCUCCUUAAUCACCCUGAACCCAACACCAAAACCCUUUUUCCCGAAUCUUCAUCUGAGAACAAAUCGACCCAUUUCAAUCGAUUCCAUGUUUACCCUAGUUUUUCAUUUGAGCAUUUCUUGAAUCCGAUUUCUUCAACUGGGUUCCCGGUUUCUAAGCCCGAGGAAGAUCCGGAACUCGAUGGGUCGAGUUUGAGUAACGAUAUCAUCCGGGCGGAUAGUGUUAAGAAGAAAAGGAAGAAGAAGAUGAACAAGCAUAAACUAAAAAAACUCAAAAAACGUCUUCGUCACUGCUCGUAA